CUUGUCCUCUUUCAUGAUGUUGAACCCAUAUCAUCUUCUUAUCUCCACCAUGACCAUAUUUCCGAUUCCAUAUUCUGAUGUGACAUUGAUAGGACUGUGUAGACUGAGCAUUCUCUUCCAGCACUCAAUCACAACACAAGUAUCAGUGACUGAGGUUCAUUUCCUAUAGGACAGUAGAUUUGAUCUUGAAAGACCUAUGUUGUAGUGAAGUUUCAGAAAGUUAUUUUUGGAACUUUUCUGUGUCGAGAGAAAAAUGGAAGCGUUUCGCGCGCGAUACCAGAGUUGGGCGAUGGAGGACGCCUCACUCCACGGGUGGUGGAUCCAGGACCAGGCAACUGGGAAGCAGGCUUCGCCACUACCGCACCAGUUGUUGCUUCGAGCUGUGACCUGCCAGAUAGACGGCAGCACGCUUUGUUACAAGCAGGGCAUCACCGAUAAUUGGACGCCGAUAGCCGAGGUUCCGCAGAUGCGAGAGGGGAUAUCGAAAUUAGAAAGCAACUACGAGAAUGACAGUGAAAUGGCUAAGCUUGUGGAAGCCUUGCCGAAGCGACCGACCAGUGACAGCGUGCCCUUCGACCAUCAACAUACGAAUCACAACUGCGAAUUGUAUUUUUGAUACCGAUGUUGAGUCACGACUGCAACUCCAUAGUGAAAAAAGAUUUGAUUAAGAAUGCUUGUCAUGAUUUUGUAGAAACAAAAAAUUCAAUUUGCUCUAAUACAAUUGAAUCUUGGCAGACACGUUAACUUGGCAUCCAUAAAUAAUUCCUUCACUUACGACUUCGUUGUAAAAAGAGAACAAGGGCCUCCUUUCCCAUGAUGCUCGCAGGAGUUGACAGGCCGCGGCGAUCUCUUCCCGCCAGGCGUCGACAUAAGCAGCUCUGACUGUCAGACAAGUGCUGUUGCCUCGUCGAUUGGUCGGGCAGCUGCCACCUGAUGUCGUGCAAAAGUAUCACACCAACUCUUGAUGAGAGUACAGCAGACGUCCACACAGCUACCAUUUUCUGAUGCAAAUGCUGUUUAUGAAAGUGGUAUCGUCACCACAUGGAGAAGAGUGAUGUAGCACUGUUUUCUCGGCAGGUAGCUUCCCCUUCAGCUGCUGGAACUGCUGCCACGUUGUAGUGGGUCGAUAUGUUUGCUGUGUACUCAAAACAAGACAACGUCCCCUUUGUUUUGUCCCCUUUAGGUGACCGCAGACCCCUGCUGACAUUGGGCCCUGGGAUCUUUCAUCUAACCCAAAUAUGCGCUAUCCAAGGAUUGCGGACCACGCGCGACGUGCUGAAACAAGCAAGAAUGAAAGAACUGAACGGGGUGCCAUACUCCUCAGACCACAUCAAGGACUUUCGACUGGUCCGCCGUCGCACCUACUUCCACGUGGCAGCAGCUGCAAUGGUUUGCAUUGUAGAUCAGACAAGUAUCUUGAUACUGUAGACUUUUUAUCAAGAUAUUUGGGUCUUCUGCAUUAUUCAGCACAAUCUUGCUCUCCGCCAAAAACCGGUAGGAUGAGCAAAUGGUGCAAGACACCUGACCCAACAGAUGAUAGCGCGAUUUUACCAUCCUCUCGGGAGCAUGGUUGCUUACUUGCUUGCCUCAAAAAAGAGCUUAUUCGAGGCAAACUGGUGGGUAGCCAUUGCUUCUGUCUCCUUCAAGUGACUAGCUUCUGCGCGAGGUCAUUUGCCGCCCUGCACGUCUCCAAAGCGAAAGCAGAUGCGAAGAAAAUUUGAAGACUUUUAUCAAUACAGUGAUUAUAAUAUAUAACAGUCAACACAUAAUGACAUAGAAAAUCCAAUCACGAUGAAUCAUGAAACAUUCACAGGUUGAUAUUCGACAUUAUUGACGAAUGCUGGCGGCCUGUGGCAGAUUAUGAUUUGCUUGUCGCUGCCGAGACGGAGAGAUUGGCCCUUGAGGCCCAAGUUGAGGUGGCACCCAUCGCAAUAAAUCCCGGCAGCAACGUCGCUGAUACACCUCUAGCAGAGUUUCUUGCUAGUGUAGAUGCCGGCAUCCCUGCAGCAGCAGCGACUACUCCUGCGGCCAGUUCAGUGGGCAAUCAUACGAAUGCUCCAGUAGGAGAUACUAGCUCAGUAGCAGUAGCACUAGGUGGAGCAGCACAGCAGCAUCCAGAAGCGAAUAGCGCGGAUGCCGGUGCAGGGGCUUUGACGGUCGACGGCGGGACGUUGUCCAAGAACGCAGCGAAGCGUAAACGCUGGAAAGAGAAAAAGAAACUGGAGAAACAAGCGGGCUUAUGGAACGCGGGUAAGAACAUCAGUGACAUCUACUUGUCGCAACUGCCGCUCAGCAUCACUGAAGCGGAGUUAGUGGACAUCUUUUCGAAGUGCGGCGUGAUUAAGGAUGACGCUGCGACACGGCAACCGAGCAUUAAGCUGUACACAAAAGAGGGAACUGCAGAAAAGAGAGGAGAUGCACUCAUCAAAUUUCUUAGAAAAGAGUCGGCCGACGAAGCGAUAAAGCAGUUUCACGAAAGGGAAUUAAAGACAGGUACAGGGAUAGUACCUUUUGCUUGAAAUACUAGAUUCGUGCUCAUGUAGAUGGCUCCCUAACGUUUUCUUCAAAACCUGACCAUAGCAUCUUCAUUUUGAACAGAAAAAUCAUCUCUUUUUCUGCCAUCAUUCAGCCGCUGGAGAGACGUCGACAAUCAAUGUGCAGCGGGCAGAGUAUCAGAAGCAGCAGCUCAGCACUGAGGAACUGAAGGCCCGGAUCGCUGAAACCAAGACAGAGUGGAACGAUGCUGCUCAGGCCAAGAAGAAAAAGAAUGACUGGGCGCGCUCGAAGCAACUCCACCAGAAAUUGUAUCUAGAUGAGGAUGAUUCGAAGCGAGCCCAGAAAUUGAAGUCGCAGAUUGUCUUAAGGAAUUUGUUCGACGCAGAGACCAUCGCAGCGUCUGGUCGCAAUCCGGAGACCUACAUCGACGAGUUGCGGGAAGACUUACUCGAGGACUACCUAGACUGGAACCCCCAGGCGCGACGCUUAUUGGAUGUGAACGCGAAAGCAGCCUUGCUGCCCAAGCAAAACGGGCAGGCCAAGCCGGCUGUGAAGCCCCCAUUACGCAUUCUAGCUUUUCUUGGUGCGGGACAGCGGGGAUUCGUCACAGUGCAGUUCGCAGAUGUAGUGGAAGCGGAGAUGUACAAAACCCAUUAUCAUGGACGCAAAUUCGACGGACGCACCGUCUACGCCGAUUUUCAUGACGGCGUGGAUCUCAAAAAAGACCUUCGAAAAGUCGUUCUCAAGGCCGCCCCAGCUGCAAGCAGUACAGCCCGUCCCGGCGUUGCUGCAGACGGCAUACCAGGCACCACCUCUACUCCCGAAUGCCCCGGCGCAGCUUCUACCUCGGAGGGCGGCCGACGAACGAGGAUAAUCUCGGGGGACGCAGAAAUGGCGGAGCUAGAAUCCGACGAGGAUGAGGACCCAGAGGCAAAACGAAGGAGGCGCGCAGAUGGUGAACCGACUUCAGAAGCAGGAGAAAUGAGUAUGACCAUUACAGAGGAUGGACAAGCCUAUGCUCACGUGCAAACAAACGAUGACUGGCUCUUCAAUGGCGAUAGCGACGACGACGAGGAUGAAGACUGACAUAAGUUUCUAUCUUCGCUGGAAGUACCGCUUUCAUUCUACGUCGCAACUCUCACAACUUGACGACGGAACUCACAGGUUCUGGAAGCAAGUCGUCUCUUCUUGAAACUAUGAAAACGCUGACAUAAAGUAUAUGAAAUUACUUAAGUGACAUAAAGUAUAUGAAUUAUCUUUGCUUCUCUAUGAUGGUGCUUGUGAAAAACCUGCUGUUCAUCAUUUCGAGAAGUUAUUCGGAGAUACCAAAUACAGUAGUCGAAUCAACUCUUUUUUGGUGUGGUGGAGACCCACUGAAUACACCAGCGGUCUUAAAUCUUGCGAUCGAAAGACGCUACGGCCACCUGAACUCACGCACUGAUUUCCUAAUGACCCCAAUCUUAACCGAACCGAACCUGUUGAUCGUCUUUGAAACUCUUUAUCAACUCGUGAUGUGAAUUCAACAUGGGACUAUCAAUCUUCUUGUUAUGGUCGCAAAAAUCAGCUUUCUGAUCAGCGCAGAGAUGUUGUGAGUUUCAGGAGAGUCAAAGGACUCGCAACAAAACGAACGCGACAGCUGCGUUGCGAUGAGAUAUUUCAUUUGCCAUAGACGACGACGUACGCAGGCGAUAGUUCAC